UCGAUGCGAGAAAGCGCAUCGGUGCCUCUGAGAGGUUGUUAAAUUCCGCGGUAGAUACGCCGCUAAUAAAAAAACAACUUUAACUGUAAUGGUGGUGGUUUAGCAGCAUGGAGGUGAUCGAAACAAUUGUGAUACAAAGCGCUGAAGUGGAAGGAAAAGAGACGGUGGUGUCCAGUGUGGACGCAGAUAAAACAAAAACAGAAUUUAUAUGGACACUUCAGGCCACGUGGCACCUUGUUAACACGCGGCUUGAGAUGGAUCAGGCUUUUGACCAGCCGGUGUGCAAGAAAAAGAAACUUUGGGAGAUGGUGGCAGUGAAGGUGAACGCCAAACUGAGGGAGUCAGACGUCACCGAUGUCACUGUGAAGGCCUACGAGUGUGACCUCAAGUGGAGAAACAUGCUGGCCACGUACAGGAAGAACGCAGAGAGGGCCAAGAGGCUGGGGGCGGCCAGUGUCCACUGGGAGUUCUUCAAGGCCAUGCACGAGGUCCUGGGCAAGAGCAGGGAGGAGAUCGAAGCUCAGCGUCAGGCUAAGCUCAGCGGGACGAGAGUGGGCAAGGCCAUAGCCAGCAAAAGAUUCACCCCUAUCCUCCCUACGCCUCCCGCGACAGCAGCUCCCUGCUCCUCCAGGCCUCCGCAGGACGUCCUGCAGCUGUACAUGGAGCUGCAGGAGAGGAAGAUGAACAUGUGGGCCCAGCAGAAAGCUCUGGAGGAGAGGAAGAUAGAGGCCAUCAACAACCUGGCCCAGGCCAUCUCCAGCCUGGCUCAGAAGAACAGCACGCAGAUGCCCAAAGAUGGACAUUAGACAAGAGACGUGAAGCGGAUCUGAACUUACCAAAAACUCUCACGAUACUGCACGAAGAACACUGCUUGAGCAUAUUUUUAAAUGAAGGCUCUUCGGUCAUGUUGGCGUAUUUUUAUUGUUACGGUUUUUAGAAUAGUUUGGCCAGUCUGAACUCUGUAGAGAAAUGUCAUAAUUAAUGAAAAUAAGACACAUAGGACAGAGACUCUCAUAUCAUACCUUGGCAGCACUUGUGUUUACUGAAAACAGUCCACAUAUCGCUUAAUAGUUUGGCCUUUUCUCUUUAUCUCGCAGUGCAUCACUUAUUUUUGUACCAAAAUUAAUUGAUAAUAAUUAUUUUCAUUAUCAAUUAUCUGCCAAUUAUUUUGUUGAUUAAUUAUUUUGUCUAUAAAAUG